AUGACUUGUCUCAGCAAAUUUGCCCGUUUGGCUCGAUCAGUGACACGAAAUCGGUCCGCCAUGCAACAACUGGCUAUCCCUCAAUCCGCACCGCCUCCAUCAUUGGGUGCUGGGGCAAGUGAUGGUCUGGGUCAUGCAAAUCGUCUACUGGCACCCAACGCGUCCGGAUUUGCCGGCAAACUGGGCUUGAGUUCCGGGACCAGUGGAUUGUCUGGGAUGCAAAAUUUCAACACGAGCACAAGCAGUUUUCGUUUGUACGAUUCAACCCGCUCGGAUCCGGAACGCGGUGUUCUGAAUACGUCCACUUGGCUCGACCUGGUACCUCCGUACAAACAAGAAGCCCCCAAAACUCCUCCUCACAUCAUACUUCAUUAUGUGGCCUUCAAAACCACCUGGGACUGGAUUAUCCUCUUUCUGACCGGCUACACCGCAGUUAUGGUUCCGUUCAAUGCAGCAUUCAAGAGCAAGACAAUGGAUGAUGUCAGUUUCUUGGUGGUCGACAGUAUUGUGGAUGUGAUCUUUUUUAUUGAUAUAGUAUUAAACUUCCAUACAACUUUUGUCGGACCGAACGGUGAAGUGAUCUCCGACGCCACAAUUAUUCGCAUCAAUUAUUUGAAAGGAUGGUUCAUUGUCGAUUUGCUAUCCUGUCUCCCAUACGAUGUUUUCAAUGCAUUUCAACCUGAAGCAACUCAGGUGAGUUAUUCUCGAGUUUUGGCGGGCAAUUAG